AUGGCAUUGAGAUCAAAAGCCCUUCACCAUGGUCGCUCUCUUAGUUUCCCAUCUCAAUCACACCCUUCCAUUUCUCACUUCAAUAAAAACUUGGCCAAAAUGGAAGCUUCUACGACAAUGGAGGCAAAACUAAAUGGCCUCGGAAACUUGUACUCCAACAUAGACGAUCUACUCAUGCUGCCUCACAUUCAACAGAUUAUUUCACAAGAGUGUCAGACAAAAUGGAUUGAUCAAGUAUUGGAUGGUUACAUCAAGCUAUUGGAUGCAUGCACCACAGCCAAAGAUCUAUUCUCGCAAAUCAGACAACAAGUACAAGAGCUACUUUCUGCUCUAAGGAGAAAUGAUGUGAAUGGCAUCAAUAACUAUCACAUCUCCAAAAAGAAGUCAAAGAAGAUGAUCCUCAAGUCUUUGAAAGAUUUAAAGAGCCUCAGAUGUAAGAAAAAUGUUUCAUCCUUCGAUAAAGACGAUGAAACAACGGCUCUUGUAUGUAUGUUGAAAGAAGCAGAAUCAGUUACUAUUGCUGUCUUUGAAGGCUUGUUAUCAUAUGUCAUGGGGAACAAUGUGCAACCCAAAUCGAGCACAUGGUCGCUGGUGUCGAAAAUAUUGCCAUCAAAGAAAGUAUCGAAUCAAAGUGAAGAAACGGAUUUGAAUGAGUUGAAAGAGAUGGACUCGAUAAUUCAAAUUCUUGAAGAGGAGAUAGAGUGCUUGUUCAGACAGUUGAUCAAAACCAGAUUCAAUGAAAACUUGGCCAAAAUCGAAGCUUCUACAACAAUGGAGGCAAAACUAAAUGGCCUAAGAAACUUGUACUCCGACAUCGACGAUCUACUCAUGUUGCCUCACAUUCAACAGAUUAUUGCACAAGAAUGUCAGACAAAAUGGAUUGAUCAAGUGUUGGAUGGUUACAUAAGUCUGUUGGAUGCUUGCACCACAGCUAAAGAUCUAUUCUCGCAAAUCAAACAACAAGUACAGGAGCUACUUUCUGCUCUAAGGAGAAAUGAUGUGAAUGGCAUCAACAACUAUCACAUCUCCAAGAAGAAGUCGAAGAAGAUGAUCCUUAAGUCUUUGAAAGAUUUAAGGAGCCUCAGAUGUAAGAAAAGCAAUUCAUCCUCGGAGAAAGACGAUGAAACAAUGGCUCUUGUAUGUAUGUUGAAAGAAGCAGAAUCAGUCACUAUUGCCGUCUUUGAAGGCUUGUUAUCAUACGUGAUGGGGAACAAUGUGCAAGCAAAAUCAAGCGCAUGGUCGUUGAUGUCGAAAAUAUCGAAUCAAAGUGAAGAAACAGAUCUGAAUGAGAUGAAAGAGAUGGACUCGAUAAUUCAAAUUCUUGAAGAGGAGAUAGAGUGCUUGUUCAGGCAGUUGAUCAAAACCAGAGUUUUCCUGCUAAACAUUCUCAACCACUAG